AUGACGUGGCUGUUCCUCACCAUUUCUUGUUUCAUGCUCAUCACUACAAAGUCAGAAGAGAACCCCGAGGUGUCCAUGGAUGUUGGCGAAAUUGUCCGGUACCACGGGUAUCCCUAUGAGGAGCACGAGGUGGUGACAGAUGAUGGAUAUUACCUCACCCUGCAGAGGAUCCCCCAUGGCAGAGACAAGCCAGAGAGCUUCAGCAUCUCCCACGAGGCAGGGGCGCAAGCAUCCAAAUUGUUCUGUCCCUCUCCAAAGGCCGUGGUCCUCCUGCAGCACGGGCUGGUGCUGGAGGGAAGCAACUGGGUCACCAACUUGCCCAACACCAGCCUGGGCUUCAUCCUCGCCGACGCUGGCUACGACGUCUGGAUCGGGAACAGCCGGGGGAACAGCUGGUCACGGAAACACAAGGAGUUUGAGUUCUACCAGCAGGAAUACUCAACUUUCAGCUUCCAUGAGAUGGCCAUGUAUGACCUUCCAGCAUGCAUCAACUACAUCCUGCAGAAAACGGGGCAGGAGCAGCUGUACUACGUGGCUUAUUCCCAAGGCACCACCGCAGGUUUCAUUGCCUUCUCAUCCAUUCCCGAACUGGAUCGCAAAAUCAAGAUGUUCUUCGCCUUGGCUCCCAUCACCGUGAGCUCAAACAUGAAGACACCCUUGGUGAAGGUGUUUGACCUCCCCGAGGUGCUGAUUAAGCUCAUUUUAGGACACACAAUGGUCUUUGAUGAGGAUGAUGUCUUGAAGCAAUUGAUUUCCAGAAUGUGUGCUUACCCCAUGCUGAAAAGUGCGUGCUCUUUGAUAUUUUACCUUCCUGGAGGGUUUACCAACAGCUUGAACAUGAGCCGCAUGGAUGUCUACCUGGCCCACUACCCUGACUCCACAUCCCUACAAAACAUGCUGCACUGGCGCCAGCUCUACCAGACAGGGGAAUUCAAAUAUUAUGAUUACGGCAGUGACAACAUGCUUCGUUACAACCAGACCACUCCUCCCUUCUACAAGCUGGAGAACAUGAAAACCCCGCUGGCUGCCUGGUAUGGGGGCAAGGACUGGAUUUCAGUCCCUGAAGAUGUGAACAUCACCCUGCUCCGUAUCUCCAACGUGGCCUACAGAAAGUACAUCCCUGAAUUCGUCCACUUUGAUUUCCUCUGGGGCGAGCACGUCUAUGAGCAGGUCUACAAAGAAAUGCUUGACCUGAUGGAGAAGGGUGCCUAGAGCUGGAGCAGUGGCAGAGAUUCUUGGCUUCUCAAUGACUUCUGGGGGUUCUUUCAUCUGGGGGAAAAAAAAAUUAAAAAAGAAGAAAAACUGGGGGGGGAAGCUCAAUAAACUGCUACACUUG